GUCUUCACAGGUAACAGGCUGAAAUGAGAUAGCGUCAGGUACUAGGGACGUAUGUGAGUAUUUGACAGUAAGAACCGAAAGUCAUGAAGAUCCAGUUACAGAAUUCGUUGUGAAGAUAACGAAAAAAGGAUGGCAACUGCAUUCAGUGGCGCAGGGGCAGCAUUCGGCUUGCGGAAACUGCCAGUGACUAAGCCGAAGCGCGAACGGUCUGAAUCCGAAGGUUCUUCCGCAGGAAGUGGCGUGAGAAGUCGAAAGCGCAGACGGGCAGGUAGUCGAGGUGUCCUUGCUAGAGUACCGACCGGUGUUGAUGAUGGAAACCGUUUGCAGGCAACUGUAACAAAAUUCUGGUACACACAGGAGCAUGGCUUGGCAGAUUCCAAUUACUUGCAGAAGCGCUAUGAUCUAGAUCCGAAGGCGGGUGGCGUCUUCUUCAAGUACAUGGGCCCUUGUGCAUUAAAGCCUGGCGACGUCAUUUUUUUCGAUUGCGUUGACAUCGACUCAAAAACGGGUGAGCUCUCUUUGGUCAAUGUGGAGCCGAAAAACAUCACAGUCUCGAAUAGUCGGGCAACAGCGUUGCGAAACACGGUAGAAAUAGAGCAGGCACUUGAGGAUGAAGUUUUCCGAAGGCGUUCAGACCGACCCCAAGCCGGCAAUAGAAAAUCCGAGAAAGUCGAGCUCACUGGGUACAACUUUAUCGUCGAUAUUGAUGCUGUGAAAUUUUAAGCUGGAAUGGAUGCCCAAUCUUUGCUGUUUGUUAGUUUUGAGUUGCAGUUUAAUUAUGCUCAUAUCCGAUCGAAGAGAAGCAGAAGAAGACUGGCAAACCAAACUUUCGUGUAAGUGUCUUUUAUUUUUGUAUACUAAUAUUGGCACAUGGUAAAAAUCCUUAUUCACAACACAGGUACAUCAAAUUUUGGUCCCAAGAAAAGGCGCGUGGUUUCCUCGAAGGUCCUGAAAUUUUCAAGAAGUAUGGAAGUGACCUUUUUUGUCGCGCGGAUUGUUUCACAAACAGUGGUGAGGCUCCGAUUACGGGCGAGAAGGUUUUAGUCAGCGAAGUCGUCCGUGCCCGUGACCAACGACACCACUUGGCGGCCAAGGUGAGUCUGGUCGGACGAGCGCGACUGGUAAAGACGCAGACGCGGACCUUUGCUCAGAGACUGGAAGCCGUUGUUGUCCGAUGGUUCGAGAAGGACGGUUUUGGCUUUCUAGAGAGCGAGGACAUUACUGCACAGUAUGGCCAGCCAGUCUUCUUCCACCGCGCAAACAUGGACAAUCCGGACGUCAAGGUGCAGCCAGGGAGCGUGGUGUACUACGAUGAAGUGACGUUUGGCAAAAACAACGUCCCCAAGGCGAUCGGAGUUCGCAUUCGAUUUCUCACGGGUGGCAAACUCACUGGCGCAAGCGCGGCUGGUCGAAGUGCAACACUGCUCGGCCAAAAAAAUAGCGACGCUAACAGUUUCGCGAAUCCCUUCGCGCAAAAGAGCGAAGAGAAUAAAGGCGAAGAUGAUGGUGCGGUGGACGAACAGCCUGACGAAGACCAUAACGCUGAGGAGGACGAGGACCAAGUCGACGGAAAUGACUACGCCCAACAAGGCUCUAGAGGGCCACCGAAACUGCCGUCUAGAAUGGCAGGCAAGGGAAAAAGCGACUUUCAACGUGCGCCAGCGAAUCAAGAUCAAGAUGUGGGACAACCAGCAGCGUGGCCAACAGCGAUAUCGAAGGGAAAAACAGGAUUUUCUGCUCCGCAAGGCGGCGCAGUAGGAAAUAGGAGCGCCUCGUCUUCAUCCACAGCUUACAACAAAUUUUCUUCAGGACGGGGUGCCAAUAGCGUAUCUGCGAAUGGUACUAUUCGGGCAAAUCAAGGUGCGGAAGGCAUGCUGCGACGAAUUCCAGGAAAGAGUGGUGCGAAAAACUAUUGCAUUGACGAUCCUCCUGUAGCGGACUCCUAUGAGGAUGAAGUACAGCAAGAUGAAUAUGGCAGUUACGACGGAUCAUGGGCGGACGACGGACAGUCGGGCUCUUGGUGGACGAGCAAGAUCACAGGGAGUAAAGGUAAAGGCUCAUGGGGGACCGAAUGGAAACAAAGAAAACAACAAGCAAGUUUUUGGAAUUCUUGGGGGAAUGAAGCAGAAUGUCCAAGUGAUGGUGGCGACUUUGAAUCUACUGGUCAAGAAGCGGGGCCUGCUCUGCCUCCAUCUUCACCGGGCGCAGGCUUCACGGUCCGAAAUCCAGCAGCCUAUUCCAUCACGAGACAGGUGCUGAAAAAGCCUACACCGGGUGCGAUCGGAGCAGGUGGCUUCAGACCAUUUUUGGACCCGGAAGCACCGGCUGCAGGUCGAGACCCGAGGAUUCCGGUCGAUGAUCAGCCUGAAGAGCCAGAAUGGAACUGUUUCGGGGAUAUGGCAUGUAUGCCUUUGUCAAGUGCUGCGGAGGAAAUAUCUCCAGACCACGGCACUUCCAGUGGUGCCGCUCGUUCAACUGGAAGCGGAAGCGGUCGCGCAGUACAACCAAAAUCUGCGCCACUAGUCAGACCGCUUGGUGGAAACAGUACUUCGUCUGCCGGAGGGGGAGGCAGCUUAUUCAAUUUGCGCAAGGUAGAAAGCGGAAAAAUGGUCGUUGAUAGGAAUUUGCCAUCAAGAGCAAAUAGUACAAGCAAAAAUUCUUAUGGUUCUACGGAUACGUUUGCAGAUGCAGACGCCGCUCAGCAUGCUGCUCAAGGAGGAAGUCUACCAUCUUCAACAGUUGGGGAUCAUCUUCAAGGAGACGACCCUUUCGAUGUGGGUGUUGCUGAGCCACCUCAGGCGGAGUUUGAGAUGAAUCCGUUCGGCAGCGACGCGGAUGAUGCGUCUUUGCGGCGGAUGGAGGAGGAGAUCGCUGCCGCAGAACGAAGCAAACAGCGAGAGGACGUUCGCGAGCAAAACUGGAAAGCCAGGGAAGACGCGGAGACGCAAUUCCGGCACUUGGCCGAAUUGAGGCACCAAGAGGAGGUGCAACGACGCAAGCUAGAAUUGAGGGAGCGUCGCGAACGGGAGGAAGCUGCGGCCGCUGCGCCUGAGAACAGUUCUUUUCUGGAAUGGAAUGAUGAGUCACUGGUGACACCGAACCGCAAUACGAACACAAGUGAGGACCCACGAGAAAAGAACAAAGCUCCAGAUCCGUUGCCUUUCUCCUUCUACAACACGACGGAGAUGCUCCUGCCCUUUCCCAACGCCGUGAAUCCUAAUGCGAAGAGAGCCGAAAGCAAAACGCUCUUGUUCAAAGGCUUGCCGUCAACCGCGCCCACAGACCUCUGCAUCCGCUUCUUUAAAAAAGCGGGUAAAGUGACAGAUUUCCGCUUUUUCUUGAUGCAAAACGAUCCGAGCAAGCACGUCGGUCGCGGUCUGGUCACGUACUCCACAUUGGAACAAGCAGGACAAGCCUACUUGCUCUUAAACAAAAAUCGGAUCGGCAACGGUUAUCCCCCUGUUGAGUUGGAGUAUCACAAGAAAUGAUCACAACGAAGCAUGAUACUGGGCUCGAUUUACUGUACAAGCUUUACAUUCUCGUCGUGAGAAAUCACAACUACGCGCUUCACUCCUAUUCCAAACUGUCGUCCUUGCGACUUGCACCCAUCCCAAACAGUUCCCUAUGCUCACUUAUCAACAUGAAGAUACAUUUUGGAGACGCCUUCUCCAAAAUUGUGACACGCGGUUGUAUAACAAAAAAUACUUCGAAGC